GCUAGAACGAAUUUAUUAUCUUUUAUCUUCGAGGGGCAUAAGUUUCGUCACUUUUUCUCCCUUCUUGCCUUCCUCAUCUAUAUCUCCAUUACGUCCCCCCAACGAACCAGAGAGACCAAAAGGUCGAACAAGAAACGAAAAAGACGGAAAAGCGAGCGAGAGAAGGACGCACACCGUGAAGUGAUCGCGUUGUCAUCUUCUCUAUCUCUUCUUCUUCUUCUUCGUCAAUUGGCCUCGAUCCUUUUGACGUAAAGGGGACAAAAAAAGAAAGAAGAAAAAAACGAACAAACGACGCCAAAUACCGGUCCAAUCGAUCAUGUCUGCCGUCAACCGCAGCAUCAGGUCUGCCUCGAGGUCGCUGCGUCUGCAACCCCGAAGCGUCCGUCUGGUAGCUCCCCUCGGCUCCAUCGCGUCCCAGUCCAAUAAGUUGGCGGCCACCUCCGCCUCGGGCUCUUACCGUCUCCCCUCUUCCACCCACACCUUCUCUACCACCACCAACAACCAGAGCGCCGCACCAGCCAUGGCUUCCGAAGCCCGUGAGUACGAUCCUGAGAUUAAGGACAUCGCCAACUAUGUCAGCAACUACAAGAUCGACUCGGAUCUGGCUUUCGACACCGCGCGAUGGGUCUUCCUUGACACUCUAGGCUGUGGUCUCGAGGGCCUGCGCUUCAAGGAGUGCACCAAGCUCCUGGGCCCCAUCGUUCCCGGCACCACCGUCCCCAAUGGCGCCAAGGUGCCCGGCACCGACUUCGUGCUGGACCCCGUCAACGCGGCGUUCAACAUCGGCGCCAUGGUCCGCUGGCUCGAUUACAACGACUGCUGGCUGGCGGCCGAGUGGGGCCACCCUUCGGACAACCUGGGUGCCAUCCUGGCGGUGGCCGACUGGGUCACGCGUACCAACAAGGCCGGCGGCAACAUCGCCGGCGGCAAGCAGUUCACGGUCCGCGACGUGCUCGAGGCCAUGAUCAAGGCCCACGAGAUCCAGGGCUGCCUGGCCCUGCUCAACUCGUACAACAGGGUCGGCCUGGACCACGUCGUGCUCGUCAAGGUGGCCAGCACGGCCGUCGUCGCCCAGAUGCUGGGCCUCGGCGAGAAGCAGGUCGCCGACGCCGUCACCCAGGCUUGGGUGGACGGCCAGUCCCUGCGCACGUACCGCCACUCGCCCAACACCAUGUCCCGCAAGUCGUGGGCCGCCGGCGACGCCUGCCAGCGCGCCGUCAACCUGGCGCUCAAGGUGCUCAAGGGCGAGCAGGGCGUCCCCACCGUCCUGUCGGCGCCAGUGUGGGGCUUCUACGACGUGCUCUUCAAGGGCAAGAAGUUUGAGUUCCAGCGGCCCUACGGCAGCUACGUGAUGGAGAACGUGCUGUUCAAGGUGUCGUACCCGGCCGAGUUCCACUCGCAGACGGCGGUGGAGGCGUCGGAGAAGAUCCACGCGCAGCUCCAGGCCAUGGGCAAGUCGGCGGCCGACAUCAAGGGCGUCACGAUCCGGACGCACGAGGCCUGCAUCCGCAUCAUCGACAAGCAGUUCAAGCCCAUGGACAACUUCGCCGACCGCGACCACUGCAUCCAGUACAUGUGCGCCGUCAUGCUGACCUUCGGCCGGCUGCAGGCCACCGACUACACCGACGGCGGCGAGGCGGCCACGUCGGGGCUGGUCGAGUCGCUGCGCAAGCGCAUCAAGUGCGUCGAGGACCCGCAGUACACCGCGGACUACCACGACCCGGCGCUGCGCACCAUCUCCAACGCGCUGACCGUCGAGCUCAACGACGGCACCGUGCUGGACGAGGUGGCGGUCGAGGCCCCGCUGGGCCACCGCCUGCGGAGGGAGGAGGCCAAGCCCGAGAUCCUCAAGAAGUUCCAGAGGCACCUCGGCCCCCACUUCAGCGAGGACCGCGUCAAGCACAUUGUCGAGCUCGGCCUGGACCAGAAGAAGCUCGAGGCCACCCCCGUCGAUGAGUACGUCGACCUGUAUGCCACCAAGGACAGCAAGUUUGUCUAAGGGAGGUCUUGGAUGGCGAAGAGGAGAAACCAACAUCAGGGUAGCAUUUAGGGGGGGUGUUGGGGGAGGAUUUGUCUGAUAGGGUAACUUGUUUCCAAUCCAACAGAAUUAAAAAUAGAACGUUUUUAUUCUUGAGA